CCCGCCGGCAGAGCCAUGAAGCUGCAGGCGGUGAUGGAGAACCUGCAGCGGCAGCAGCGCGCGCGGCUGCAGCAGGCGCUGCAGGAGCAGCAGCAGCAGCAGCCACCAGCACGCUGCACGUCCCCUCCAGCGCAGCCCUCGCAGCCCCCGGGGCAGCCCCGGGGCCGCGGGCAGGAGGCGGCAGCGCCCUCGGAGGAGGGAGCGGAGCCCGAGAGCGCGCACAUGCAGCGGGCACAGAUGGCCGCCCUGGCUGCCAUGCGGGCGGCCGCCGCCGGCCUCAGCCACUCGCCCAGCCCGGGGCUGUCGGAUGAGAGCCAGGCCUCCGAGGAGGAGGAAGAGGAGGAGCGCGGAGAGGAGGAGGAAGAUGGCGGCGGGUACCAGCAGGAGAUGGGCUCUGAAGAGGAGGAGGAUCUAAAGGGCAAAUGGGAUGAAGAUGACUUUGAAGAGGACCUGGGUGAGGAGGAAGAGGAAGAAGAAGAGGAGGAGGAAGAGGAAGACUACGAGGAAGAAGAAGACAUGGGAGAGGAAGGGCUCAGCUCGGCAGAGGCGGUGCGGGCGGGCGCGGGGUCCCUGCUGCUCCGCAAGCCCCCAGCGCCCCAGCACUACCGGGGGGAGCCCCCACGGCUGCCAGGCGGGCAGGAGCGGCUGCCCCCCGGCCUGGGCCACGCUCAGCCCCCGCCACCAGCCCCUGACCACGGCGACUGGACCUACGAGGAGCAGUUCAAGCAGCUGUACGAGCUGGAUGGUGACCCCAGGAGGAAGGAGUUCCUGGAUGACCUGUUCAGCUUCAUGCAGAAGCGUGGGACCCCCGUGAACAGGAUCCCCAUCAUGGCCAAGCAGGUGCUGGACCUGUACAUGCUGUACACGCUGGUGACCGAGAAGGGGGGGCUGGUGGAGGUCAUCAACAAGAAGCUGUGGAGGGAGAUCACCAAGGGGCUGAGCCUGCCCACCUCCAUCACCAGCGCGGCCUUCACCCUGCGCACCCAGUACAUGAAGUACCUGUACCCCUACGAGUGUGAGAAGCGUGGGCUGAGCAACCCCAACGAGCUGCAGGCGGCCAUCGACAGCAACCGGCGGGAGGGCCGGCGGCAGGGCUUCGGGGGCUCCCUCUUUGCCUACUCGCCCGGUGGCACCCACGGCCUCCUCUCCUCGCCCAAGCUGCCAGUGCCAGCGCUGGGGCUGGCAUCUGCCACCAACGGCGGCGCCAUCACGCCCGGCCAGAAGAUCAAGAAAGAGGAGGACUCUCCCAUCCCCAUCUCCAUGCCCAGCCGGCUCCCGGUGUCCCUGGCCGGGCACCCGGUGGUGGCGGCGCAGGCGGCCGCGGUGCAGGUGGCGGCGGCCGCCCAGGCCGCGGCGCUGGAGCAGCUGCGGGAGAAGCUGGAGUCGGGGGAGCCGCCGGAGAAGAAGCUGGCGCUGGUGACGGACGAGCAGCAGCGGCUGAUGCAGCGGGCGCUGCAGCAGAACCUCCUGGCCAUGACGGCCCAGCUGCCCAUGAGCAUCCGCAUCAACAGCCAGGGCACCCGCUCGCCAGGUCAGUGCCGGCCCCGGCCCCGCGGCCCCGCGCGGCUCCCGGCCCCGGCGGGCUCGGUAACGCGGCUCUCCCCGGCAGAGAACCGCCCGGACGCCGCCGCCGCCAGCAGCAACGGCACCAACAGCAUCAGCAUGUCCGUGGAGAUCAACGGCAUCGUGUACGCAGGUGUGCUGUUCGCCCAGACGCCCGGCCCUUCCUCCUCCUCUUCCUCCUCCUCCUCCUCUGCCUACAGCAAAGGCAACGGCGGCAGCAGCCGGAGCAGCGGCGGCAGCGGGGUGGGGAGCGGCGGCGGGAGCGUGCCCCCCGCCCCGGCCGGCCUGGCCGUGCCCCCCAGCUCUACCUCCAACAGCGCUUCUUCGCCUUAACGCCCCCAGCCUCGGGCACCGGCGCCCGCGGGGGGACGGGG